CAUCUUUCUAAAAAAAAAUUAUUCAUAUAUUAAAUCGGUUUUAUUACUGUGAAAAUUUAUUUAGAAGUGCAUAAAAAAUAUAAAAUUUACAAAUAUAGAUAAAGUAUUAUUAGAGGCCAAUAAAUAAUUACUGAAAAUAAUUAUUAAAAAAAAAAAAAAAUUUAUUAUAUCAAUUGGAUACUCUCCUCACUCUCUCUGUAUUUUAUAAUAUACAAAAUUAAAAAUAUUAUGUGUGCAUCAGUUUAUAUUGAUAAACAAUUUGUAUUUGUUGAAGAACGUGAAACAAAAAGAAAUCCAAAUAAAUAUCAAAUAAAAUCAAAAAAAUCAAUAAAACUUGAUUAUAAUAAUAUGAUGGCAAAUGUAUCAUCAUCGUCAUCAUUAUCAUCUGCAUCAUCAUCAUCGAUAAUAACAACAACAGCAACAACACAAUCAUCAUCGUCAUCAUUAAUACCAUCAUCAUCAUCUUCUUCAGGUAUUUGUGGAGGUGGAAAUACAAAUAAUAUAAUUUCUUCAAAUAAUAAUAAUAAUAAUAAUAUAAGUAAUACAAAUAAUAUGCAUAAUUUCAAUAAUUGUGCUACUAAUAAUCAACAACAACAACAACAACAUCAAACUGGUGAUGAAAGAAAUAAUUUAUUGUCAAAUUCAAUGGUAACAGCAACUGUAACAUCAUCAUCAUCAGCAACAACAACAACAACAUCAUGCAAUAAUAACAAUUAUGAACAACAAUGCCGUGUGCUAGAAGCUGAAAACCAAAGCUUGAAAGAAGUACAAGCUCAGUUACAACAACAAUGCGCUGAUGCCCAAAGACGUGAAAGAAUACUCAUGAGAAGAUUUACAAAUAAAGAACAAGAAUUUCAAGAUUAUGUUAGCCAAAUUGCUGAAUAUAAAGCAGCUCUGGCACCAGGACCAGCUGCAUUACGAACAGCAUUACUUGAUCCAGCUGUUAAUUUAUUAUUUGAAAAGUUGAAAAAAGAACUUCAAGCAACAAAAGCAAAAUUAGAAGAAACUCAAAAUGAAUUGUCUGCCUGGAAAUUUACUCCAGAUUCAAAUACUGGAAAGAGACUUAUGGCCAAAUGUAGAUUAUUAUAUCAAGAAAAUGAAGAGCUUGGAAAAAUGACAUCGAAUGGACGGUUGGCUAAACUUGAAGGUGAACUUGCCAUGCAAAAAAGUUUUAGUGAAGAAGUUAAAAAGUCGCAAUCUGAACUGGACGAUUUCUUGCAAGAAUUAGAUGAAGAUGUUGAAGGUAUGCAAAGUACAAUAUUAUAUUUACAACAAGAAUUGAAAGCGACAAAAGAGCGUAUACAAUAUUUAGAAAAAGAAAAUUUUCAAUUAAAAAAUGGUAUUAGUAAUAUCAAUAAUGAUACCGUCAUAACAAAUAAUUUAAAUAAUUUUAAUACAAAAAAUACAGUUGAUAGUGGUGAAAAAUCAUUGCAUUUAAUAAAUGGUCAAAAAGAUGAAGAAGAAGAAUCAUGGAAAACAUCUGUUAUUUCAACAACAUCAACAUCUAGUGAAAUAAAUGAUAAAUUAAAUGAUGAACGAACUACAACAAAUAUAGAUAAAAAUAAUACUAAUUUUAAUUUAUAUAAUAAAAAUAAUAAUAGUAGUUGUGAUAAUAACAAUUUUAGUGAUAAUAACAAAAUCCCCCCAUCUCAUUUAAAUAUUAAUAAUAAUAAUAAAAAUAAUUGCAACGAUUCAAUAAAAAAUGAACAACAAUCGCAACAACAACAACAGCAACAACAAACAUUAACAAAUGGCUCCAUAAAUAAUAUAGAAAAUAAUAAUAAUAACAGUAAUAAUAAUAAUAAUAAUAAUAGUAAUAAUAGUAAUGAUAAUCAAAAUUUUGAUUAUGAACAGUGCAAUGACAGUGUAGACAGUUCAAUAAAUAAUAAUAAUAAAAAUAAUAUUUUAACAUCAUCAACAACAAAAUUUAAUUCUAGAAAACGUAAUUAUGAAGAUAGUGGUGAUUCAAGCGAUGAAUCAAAUAAUUAUAAUGAUAAUAUUCAACAACAACCCGAAAAUUUAUCGAUGUCUAAUAGUGGUAAUAAUAAUAUUAAUAGUAAUAAUAAUAAUAGUAGCGGAUUUGGUGCUGGUGGUGUAUUUAAUAGUAAUAAUAAUCCAAAAUUAAAAUAUAAUAAGAGAAUAAAAAUAAAAAAAUCAAGAAGAUCUUCACAAUUAACUGUUGAAAUAUGUGGAGAAGAGGAUGGUAUGAGUGGUGGAGGUGGUGGUGUUGGUAUUGGUGGUAGUAGUGGAAGUGGGGUAGUUACAACAAUAUCAUCAACAGUUAAUACACCAACAAUAACAACUCAAGUUACAUCAACUAAUUUAAGUGUUAUAACAUCAGUACCAGGAACAAAUAAUAAUAAUAAUAACAAUAAUAGUAAUAUAAAUCAAGAUGAAUUAAAUAAUAGCGAUGGCGAUGAUGAAAAUAUUGAUGGACAAACAAUAAUAACACGCCGUAAAUCAGCUAGAAAUCAUCAGAAUGGUGAAUAAAAUUUUAUUUUAAUAUUAAAUACAACAAUUUUUUUUUUUAUAUAUAUAUUAAUAAAUAAUAAUAAUAAUAUAUAAAAUAAUAUAAAAAAUUAAAAAAAUCAAGAAUUAAUAUUAAUUUCAUUUUUUUUUUUAUUAUUAUUUUUUUUUUUUUAUUAUCAUUAUUUACAAUUAUUAUAAUUAAUUUUUAAGCUUAACAAAAUUUAAUUAAAUUUAUUUAAAAAAAGAAAAAGUUAUAUAAAUUAUAUACAUAACAAAUAUGUAUAACAAAAAAAAAAACAAAGAGAAUUUAUAAAUAAAUUUAAUAAACUAAAGAAUAAAGAGGAAAUAUUAGGAACAAGAUAAGAUUAAAGAAAAGAAUAAUAUUAAUUAUUGCAAAAAAAAAAGGUAGAUGAAUUAGUAAGAAAAAACAAAUUUAAGUAUACAUUUUGUUACAGAAUUUUCAAGAGCAUAUGACAAAAAUUAAUUAUAACAAAAAAAAAAACCAAAAUCUGUAAACAUUGUAACCUUAAUAUUAAAAAUCAUAAUUUUUUUUUUUCUUUAUUUUAAAAUUUCUGGUAAAAAUCUUUACAAAAAAUGGAAAAAAAAUAAUAAAUUUUAUGUUUAAAAUUAUUUGUAUUCUUUAAUUAAAAAAUAUUUACCGAAAUUAUGUUUCAAUGUUAAUAAGAAUUUAAACAAAAAUCAUAAAAGAUCAACUUCUAUUUUCAGUUCAAUGAAUAAUCAUGUAAAAAAUUUUGAGUUCUUGUAUAUGUAAUAUUAAAAUUUAUUAUAUAAAAAAAUUACCAAUAUUUAUUUUUUUACUUUAAAAAUGUCAUAUUUGUUUUUACCUAUCCUAAAAAGUAUGAAGGCUCUUUUAAAAUACAAAUAUCAAAUCAAAUGUAAAAACAAAUAGUUUUCACAAAAAUUAUUUUUGAUAUUGUGAUUUAUUGCGUCUUUGAAUAGAUCAAUUAAAUAAACUGAAAUGGAUUGUUUAAUCAAGUUGCAAGUUGUUUGCAACUUAUAAAAACUUUUAAAGUUAACAACCGUGUAUCUCGAUUUAUUCACUUUUAAAUAAGAAUUCUAAUUUUUUCUAAUGGAUAUUUAAUUUUUUCAAUUGGAUUUUUGCUUUUUUUUUUCUCAAAUUAUUGAGUUUCAUGUAAAGUAAGACUUGUAAAUACUCAGUAUGUAAAUUAAAACUUGUGUAAAUUUUAGAAAAACCGAGAUACGCAAUACGGAAGAUUUCCUAUCACUCAAAAAUUAAAUUAUACAAAUAUAUGAUAUCUUCUUGUCACUUGGCGAGUAAAAUAAUGAGAUAUGCGAUCACUUCCUAUAUAUCAGCUAAAGAGAUUUCAAACUUAAAUUAUUUUUAUCACUAGGUUUUUUUCUUAUUCCUUCAAAUAUUAUACACCAAUCUUAUGUUCAUGAGUCGACGGUGUGAUUUAUGAUAGGCGGAGAUGUACUUUUCCAUCUCGUAUUUUCAUAAAAUUGAAUCCUACGGAAUAUGCUUAAUGCAGUAUUUUAUAUUAUGUGUUAAGAUUAUAAUAAGCUGUUAAAGCUAGACGAACAAACAAAAAUUGUUUAAGCUUUACCCUUCUUUAUUAUACUUUCAAUGGCCUUCGUAUUCUGAGCAGAAUUGAAAAUUUGCUUUUACUUUGUGAAUACCUGUAUCUUAUAUGUAUUUAAAUAUAUAUUAAUUACAAUUUUGCAAUUUCAUAAUUUAUUUCAGUUAUUAAUUUUAAAAUAUUUAACUGAAAUAUAUUGAGUUUUGGGAACAGAAGUGAAUUAUAUUUUUUGUUAAACUAAAUACCAAUAUUGUUUUUGAAAAUUCUUUUCACAGUUUCAAAUUCAAAAUUCAUUAAAAAUCUGAAUAAUUGAAGAAUGUAAUCAGCAAUAAAAUCAAAAAUAAAAAUUAAAAGAAUUUACAAAGCGCGUUUUUCAUAAAAAGUUUAACAAACAACAGAAAAUUUUGUGUAAUUUUGUGUAAAAAAAAAAAGAAUUCACUUUAUUUUUUAAUAUUUAAUCUUUCUUUUGUUAAAAAUUAAAUUAAUUACUUAAAACAAGUUAUAAAAGAUAUGCAAACUUACUUCUCAACUUUGACUUACCUUACAAAAAAAAUAAUUUUACAGUUUCUAAAAUAAAAUUAUUGCCAAUUUUUAACAUUUACAAUUUAAAUAUUGUAAUAAAAUUACAAUAUUGUUCGGUAAUUUUACACAGAGACAAAAACUUCAAAUUUGACAUCUUUCAAUUUCUUAUAGGAAAUUUAUAAGAGGGGAGGGGAUAACGUAUACCGUAAAAUUAUAAAUUUGAGAAGUUAAGCUUAUUUCAAUUUUAAUAUUUGUGUUUAAAAAUUUAUUUUUUAAAUUAUUUUUGUUGCAAAACAAACAACAAAUUAUCGCAAAAAUUAAUUUAAUAAAUUUACAUCGUCUUAAUUAAUAUUUUAGUUUCACAAAACAA